CUGGGGGCCGGGACGCAAGCACCACCCUGAUUUUGAGCUUGAUGUUUGUUUUUAAUUUGGUGAAGUUUAAUGAUAACUGGAGGGUUUUUUUCCUUCGGCGUGGUGUCCUAAAUUAUUUUAUUGCAAUUAAGAUACCAUUUGUCAAUGUCAAGUUUGCUAGGUCAAGGCAAAGCACAUUGCUCAACUCCCCUUCCCUGAAAGUUAAGACUUGCAAAAAAAAACCUGACCUGUUAAGCAGCACUCCUCACAAAAUAUUUGAGGAGUGCAAUACAAGUUGCAAAGCUGAACUGCUAGAAUAAAGCAGAGCUUCCUUUAAAACACACAUUCGGGUCAGUUUACAUAAUCAGCAGGAUAAAGCGGUAAAGCUUUUCCUGGAUUUUACCAUUCCAUGUCUCAGCUAAGGAGUUUGGGAUAACAUUCCCAGCACACUGAAAAACAACCUGUCAAGCCAAUGAGUUUAGUCUCGCCUUCUCCCUGACAUGCCAGUUUUCUAUGUGAAGUCCUUUUUUUUUUUUUAAGGGCAAUAUUCAGAUUUUUAUUUUAUUCUUUUUUUUUUUGCAGAGAAACAUUCAAACAUGCAACCCUUCCUUCAUAAAGCCAGAAGUAGUGCACUCCAGGGAGAAUUACCACAUACCGGUAGUUCUACUGAUUAUGCAAAUUGGAUCUUACAUACAUGUGAGAAGAGGAGAGGUUGGGGUGUGCAGGUAGACUUCCUUGCAGGGAGAAAGCAGCAGAAAAGUAGGAAGAAGAAAAGGAAGAUAAGAAUGGAUAUGCUACUCCAAAGGACAUUGCCCAGGCUGCUUCUGUUAUCGCUGCUUUACAGCUUGAGCCAAGGAAAAAUAAUUAAUACCUGUGUGGCUUCCAGGGCCAAAAGCUGCACCGAAUGUAUCCAAGUGGACAAAGAUUGCUCUUUUUGCACUGAUGAGAACUUCAAAGAUGUCCGCUGCAAUUUCAGAGACAAUCUAGUGAAAUAUGGCUGCAGUGAGGCCAGCAUAGUGUCCACAAAAAAAGAGAUACGAAUAAUAAAGGAAUCUCACUUUGAUACAUCUCUGAAGAGAACACAGGUAUCCCCACAGAAGAUGUAUAUGCGCUUGAGAGCUGGCGAGGAAGCUAGCUUCAACAUGGAUGUGUUUGAGCCUCUUGAAUCUCCUCUGGACCUCUACAUUCUCAUGGACUUUUCCUAUUCCAUGUCUGAUGACUUGGACAACCUUAAAAAAAUGGGCCAGCAACUGGCAAACUUCUUGAGGGACCUGACAGACAACUACACCAUUGGCUUUGGCAAGUUUGUGGAUAAAGUUUCAGCCCCACAAACAGACAUGAGGCCUCAGAAAUUGCUUGAACCUUGGGAUAAUGCUGAUCCUCCCUUCUCCUUUAAGAAUGUUCUCCGCCUUACCAACAAUAUUGAUAAAUACAGCCAAAAGUUAAUGGAGGAACGCAUCUCUGGCAACCUGGAUCCCCCAGAAGGAGGAUUUGAUGCCAUAUUGCAAACAGCUGUUUGCAAGGAUAAUAUCGGCUGGCGGGAAGACAGCACGCAUCUUCUGGUGUUCUCCACAGAGUCUGCUUUCCACUAUGAAACUGACGGCGCCAAUGUCCUUGCUGGAAUUAUGAAGAGGAAUGAUGAGCAGUGUCACCUGGAUGCAGCAGGCACUUAUACCUUCUACAACAAGCAGGAUUAUCCUUCUGUGCCAACCCUUGUACGACUGCUGGGAGAGCACAACAUCAUCCCCAUAUUCGCUGUCACCAAUCACUCCUACGACUACUAUGAGAAACUACACAAAUAUUUCCCAAUCUCUGAAAUUGGGAGGCUCGAAGAAGAUUCCUCCAAUAUUGUAGAGCUGAUCCGUAUGGCGUUUGAGCGUAUUCGUUCCAAGAUGGACAUUCGAGCUGACUAUACUCCCAAAGCCAUGAAAACAGAAAUAACUUCCAUGAAGUUUACCAAGACAGAGUCUGGCUCAUUCCAUAUUGUCCGUGGGGAAGUGGGCACAUUCAAUGUGCGUGUGAAAGCUCAUAAGAAGGUAGGAGACGAGUCAGUCUGCAAUCUCCCAGAGAAAGACCGGCAAGGUGUUAUCCAUGUCAAACCCUCCUCUUUCAGCAACAGAAUGGAAAUUCAAGCCUCCGUCAUUUGUGAUGCCUGCCCUUGUGAACAGAAACAAGAAGUUAGAUCAGCUAGGUGCAAUUUCAAUGGGAACUUUGUCUGUGGACAGUGCGUUUGCAACCCAGGCUGGCGCGGUGAAGUAUGUAACUGCUCCACAACCUCCUCUACUAACAAUGUGGCUUGCAUAAAGCCUGGGGACACAGAGCUGUGUUCAGGUCGGGGUGAGUGCCUGUGUGGGAUCUGUCAGUGCUAUUCUGAGGAACAGACCCAGCGAUUUGAGGGAAGAUUUUGUGAAUUCGACAACUUACAGUGUCCCCGCACUUCGGGAUUCCUUUGCAAUGACCGGGGCCGCUGCUAUAUGGGCCAGUGUGCAUGUGAAAGUGGUUGGGAAGGCCCUGGCUGUGAGUGUCCUACAAGUAAUGAAACCUGUGUCACCAGCGAAGGGAUAUUGUGUAAUGGACGUGGGAGAUGUUUGUGUGGCAGAUGCAUCUGUGAUAAUCCUACCCUCUACAUUGGACCCACCUGCGAAGUUAGCUACUCCUUGGGCUUUCAGCAUAUGUGUAGAGACGAUAUCCGAAGCUGUGUUCAAUGCCAGGCUUGGGGGACUGGAGAGAAGAAGGGGAAGAAAUGUAUAGGCUGCCCUUACAAAAUCCAACUGGUGGAUGAACUGGGAAAAGAGACUAGAACAGAUAGAAUGUGUUCCUUCCAAGAUGAGGAAGAUGACUGCAUUUACCGCUACGUUAUGGACGAGGAAAGCAGCGUGCACAAUAACGGCACUGUUCUUGUACAAAGGAAGAAAGAGUGUCCACCUGGAAGCUUCCUUUGGCUUAUCCCCUUGCUCAUUUUACUGAUGCUGCUCCUGGGGUUGCUGCUACUACUGUGCUGGAAGUUUUGUGCUUGUUGCAAGGCUUGCCUGGCUUUGCUGCCCUGUUGUGCACGAGGUCGCACUGUUGGUUUCAAGGAGGACCACUAUCUGCUGAGGCAGGGCCUCAUGACGUCAGACCAUCUGGACACUCCUAUGGUGCGCAGCGGCAAAUUGAAAGGCAGAGACACCGUCCACUGGAAGAUCAACAACAAUGUGCACAAGCAAGACUUCUCUUCCUUAGCUCUCAAUCCAAAGGACUUGAUUCCAUACGGGGUCUCUCUUAGAUUGGCCCGACUCUUCACCCAAAACCUUGCAAGACCAGAUAGCCGUGAGCGUGAACAACUUGAAAAGGAAGUGGAGGAGAAUCUGAAUGAGGUUUACAGAACCAUCCCUGGUGCCCACAAACUCCAGAAGACAAAAUUCAGGUUACAGCCAAAUGCUGGGAAAAGACAGGACCAUACAAUUGUGGACACAGUGCUCACUGCCCCUCGCUCAGCCAAGAAUGACAUAGUGAAAGUAACAGAAAAGCAUGUUGCACAACAGGCUUUUAAUGAUCUGAAAGUGUCACCUGGUUACUACACUGUAAUCUCCGACCAAGAUGCCCAUGGGAUGGUAGAGUUUCAGGAAGGAGUGGAGCUGGUGGAUGUCCGGGUUCCCCUCUUCAUCAGAGAGGAGGAUGAUGAUGAAAAGCAACUGCAGGUGGAGGCCACUGAUGUUCCUGUGGGAAUUGCGAAAAUUGGGCGGCGGCUUGUCAACAUCACCAUAAUCAAAGAGCAAGCCAACAGCAUCAUUAGCUUCCUGCGGCCAGCUUAUUCGUUCAGCCGCUUUGAUCAGCUGGCUAAGAUCCCUGUUGUUCGUGAGAUACUGGACAAUGGGAAGUCUCAAAUAACAUAUAGGACACGGGAUCUCACUGCCCAGGAAGGCAAGGACUACGUUUUUGCAGAGGGUGACUUGGUCUUCCUGCCUGGGGAGAAGCAGAAGGAAGUGCAGGUGAAGUUGCUGGAGCUGACUGAGAUAGACGCCCUUCUUCACAGUCAACAGCUGAAGCAGUUUGCGCUGGAUCUCAUCAACCCCAAAUUGGGUGCAAAGGUUGGCAAAUACCCCCAGACCACAGUGGCCAUUGCUGAUCCAGAAGCCGUAGAUGGUGUGCCACCAGCAUUCGGCCUACGUCAGGUUCCACAGUCUCCCAGAGGCAGACUUGGAGCUCCUCUUAAUCCAAACGCACAGGCACUGAGCUCUAGGAAGAUCCGCUUCAAUUGGUUACCGCCGCCUGGCAAACCUGCAGGGUACAAGGUGAAAUACUGGAUCCAAGGUGACCCGGAAUCAGAGGCCCGCCUGCUGGACUCCAAAGUGCCAUCAGCAGAGUUGACCAACCUGUACCCCUACUGUGAUUACGAGAUGCAAUCCUGUGCUUACAAUACUAUGGGCGAGGGAUCUUACUCUGAAAUAGUUCACUGCCGCACACUGGAGGAUGUUCCUAGUGAGCCUGGGCGCUUGGCUUUUAACGUAGUCUCCUCCACUGUGACACAGCUGAGCUGGGCUGAGCCUGCCGAGACUAAUGGGGUGAUCACGGCCUAUGAAGUUGGAUAUGGACCCGUCAAUGAGGGAAACAGACCUGUUGGAGUCCCAAAGAAAGUCAUGGUGGAGGAACCAAAGAAGCGUAUGGUACUGAUUGAAAACCUACGGGAGUCGCAGCCCUAUCGCUACACCGUGAAAGCCAAAAAUGGAGCUGGUUGGGGAGCUGAGAGAGAAGCUACAAUUAACUUGGCCUCACAACCCAGGCGCCCCAUGUCCAUUCCCAUCAUUCCUGAUGUGCCAAUAAUUGAUGCUGGAGGAGGAGAGGACUAUGAUAGCUACCUGAUGUACAGCACAGAUGUCUUGCGUUCACCAGCUGGUAGCAAACAUCCAAGCAUCUCAGAUGACUCUGGCUCUCCGUGGAAAUCUGUGCAGCUGCUGGGGGAGGAGCUGGACCUUCGCCGCGUCGCCUGGAGGCUCCCAGCAGAAUUGAUUCCUCGUUACUCGGACAGCAGCUGCUUUUCCUCGGACGCGGAGGGUUUCCUCCAUGAGGGUAGCAGCACCCACUCUGAGCUAGUGGACUAUGAUGCAGCCAGCGGCAGUUUGCCAAGGAGUGGGACUCCCCGGCCCCAACCAGAACACAUGAUGAAUGGCCGGAUGGAUUUCACCUUCCCUGGUGGCAGCCUUACCCGAAAUGUGACUUCCAGCUACAACUAUCUAAGUCCACACGUCCACCAGGAGAAAAUGGUAGUGGGAAGUUCAUCUCAGACAAGGGAGUACUCCACAGUCGUAUCUAGCCAUGACCACUCGAGGAGGAUCUUCCCUCCCUUACAGGAAGAUGCUGGGAGGAUGAUCCUGAUGCCAGAGGAUGUGGGCUUCAGUGGGGCAAAAGUGAAGGGUUAUGAUGAUAGUGGUGCUCGGGAUUCUAUCGUCAUGAUUGAUGGGCCUUCUUGGAUUUCCAAAUACUUAGGCAUGUCAGGGCAAGGCACAGAGUCCAGGGUGCAUUAUGACCUUCCCCAGAAGGCCAGGGGCCGCACUCACUCCGAAGAUGUCUGUGAAGCACUGAGCAGCCUGGAUACAGUGCUUCAGGAUUCCAGGAUGCAGUUGGGUGUUCCUGACACUCCUACCCGCUUAGUGUUCUCUGCCUUGGGGCCUACCUCUCUGAAGGUCAGUUGGCAGGAACCACAUUGUGACAAAGUGGUGCAAGGAUACAGCGUACAAUACCAGCUUCUCAAUGGAGGAGAUAUGAAGAGACUUACAGUUGCCAACCCUGCUCAGAACUCGGUGGUGGUUGAUGACCUGCUGCCAAACCACUCCUAUGUCUUCAAAGUGAAGGCCCAAAGUGACGAAGGAUGGGGUCCAGAAAGAGAAGGAGUGAUAACUAUUGAGUCACAAGUGGAUCCACGCAGCCCUCUGAGUCCUGUUCCAGGUUCACCAUUUACUCUGAGCACACCCAGUGCCCCAGGGCCCCUCGUGUUCACAGCUCUGAGUCCAGACUCUCUUCAGCUGAGUUGGGAGAGACCCCGCCAACCCAAUGGGUCAAUUCUAGGCUACAUGGUCACCUGCGAGACAUUGCAUGGUGGAGGGGAACCCAGAAAUAUCUAUGUGGAGGGAGACAACCCAGAGACCACCCUGACAGUGCCCUAUCUCAAUGAAAAUGUUCCAUAUAAGUUCAAAGUGCAAGCGAAGACCACUCAGGGCUUUGGGCCUGAAAGAGAGGGCAUUAUCACCAUUGAAUCUCAAGAUGGAGGUUCCUUCUCUCAGUAUGGAACACAACAGUUCACCCGGGAGGAGGUUUUCAGCCUCCCCACAGAAUACAGCACCAAAACCAGCAUCACUCACUCCCCACUGGAUCCUUUGUACACAGAUGGCAUGCUGACGACCACUCAGCGAGUGGAGAGUGGCAGCACGCUCACCAAACAAUAUGUCACCAGAACCAUGAUGUCGAACAGCAGUGGGACAUUUAGCAGACAGACCGAGAGACAAUUCUAUGAAGCUUGAGUCAGGAGGGAAGCUGCCGAAGGGACACUUGGAUUUUAGCAGGGGAUGAUCUCUAGUCGGCCUGAUCUGUGGUCAGCUUGGCUCGUGGUGCCUGCUGCAUUGCAUUAGCACUAAAAGCAAUAGACAUUGCUUAGGAACACUGGAGACUGUAUGGUGUCUAGGUGAUACCAUAGGACAUUAUGGAAUGUGUUUUAAGCGGAAAGGUGGCUUAUGAAGGGCUAUUGCUUCCAUUUUGAGUCAAGCUGCUGAGCUUUGCAUGCUUUGCUUGGCUGCUCUCUGACAUUGCCACUCAGAACUAAAUUUGUGUUUAAAUCUCCACCUCCUGUCAUAGCUUUUUUAUUUUUGAUACUUUUAAAUUUUUUAUUUCCCUUCCCAUGUCCCCCCCACCCUUCAAGCGUGUCUCCUUGCCUUGUCAAUACUGUUAAUACAAGUAUUAUUAUUGUCAGGCUCCAGAAAAAGCAUUUUGUGGUUUUUCAUUUUAUUCAUUCUGAAUAACCACGUUCAACAAAAGUACAGCUGCUUCUGAAUUCUACCCAGAGUCCUCCUUCCCCUCUUCUGUGCUGGCCAAGUGUGUAGGAGGUUGAUGACAUGGUUGGCCAAUGUCAGCUUCAUCGGCUUUAGUCCAGGCUAAAGGUCACUUCAGUAGUGGUGGAGAUUUCAUUGCACAUACGCAAUGAAUCUUCCAGUACCGACAUAAUGCAGGUAUCACAUACUCUUGGACAAGCACCAUUCACUCGAUCACACUGCUUCAUGGCCAUUGUAGUCAACUACAAUAUUAUCCAUACAAGGCAGUUGAGCUAUGAAGUGAAUUGUACAUCUGUGUGCCUGUUAUAUAGACCCUGGGUGCUCUUGCAUCUGUGCAAGUCAGCCGCUCCAAAGUAUGGGGGAAUUUGGAGGAGGGAAAGGAAUUCUGUGAAUAUCCUGUGCUCAGAUCUAGGUGCGUGGCUAAUUCCUCAGAAGUCCUUCAGUGAGUUUUGUUCAUCUUUAAAUAUAAUGCAGAGUCCCUGCAACUAGAGCAGCAAGUGGGAAAGCCCUAGCCCUUUUCCUGCUGUGCUAGUUUUGUUCUUGCAAGGGAUGUAUAAACACAGUGGAGCAUUCAAAAAAUGUGAUUCGCCACCUACAGGCCAUCCUAGUGUUUCCUUCACAUGCACAUAUAGAUCCAUCCUGAGAUACAGAAGCAGUGCCUUGCCUCAAGUUACCUGAGGAAGAGAUGUUGACAGGCUUAGAGGAUGGCUAAAGAGACCCAAAAGGGAUAUCAAGAGGAACUCAAGAAUGAAGGCAGGAAUUGAUUGUAGAAACCUUUCUAGAGACUGAAGCCGCUCAACCACACCUGCCCAUGCUACAGCCUCUCAGUUGUCAGGAUGGAAUUGUGUCACAUUUCCCAAAAAGGCGGUGGGUGGGGUGGGAGUGGGAGGGAGCUUUUUAGUCAUUUGCAUGUGUGUGUUUAUAUGAAUGCAGAUUUAACAAAGAAGCUGGGUGGCACUAAACAGUCUUUUUUUACUUGCAUUUUUUUCUUGUUAUAAAAGGCAACAGAAAUCCAGAAGGAACGGCCCCCCAAGUUAUCCCUCUUAUGGCACUGAUUAUGAUGUGUGUGUUGUGUCGAAAGACUGAAUUUAAAGCUAUUAUUUCUUGUUUUGCACAAUGAUUCCUAUGAGCUAGUGGUUUUCAAAUUAAGUUCCAGGCAAGCUGAGGUUUCUCAGACCAAUAAUGCAGACAAAAUAUCCCUAAAAGACAGCUUUCCCCACCACCACUGAUCUUCAUACAAGAUGACAGGGAGGCCUGUAGGUCUGGCCAGUGCCCCACAUGAACUGAGCACUCUACAAUAUGCCUUAGUAGCCUCUGCAAUGCACUGUGAUUUUGUGACUGACGUUUGUUUCCUCAGCAGACGUCAACAUGGAAAGGGCUCCCUGAAGGUGAAACAUUUGAAAUACCACGGUCCUAAUGUAUAUUUACACAGCUAGAACAAUCCAAUCCAAUCAACUUUUGCUCCAUUUGACCCUGGUAUACAUUUGUGCCACUAAUUGAACCAAUUUUGUAUAUUACUGGAGAAAACUCAAAACACCUAAUAAAGGGUCACUGUGACCUUACUGUAAAACAUGAUUGGGGCCUUUCGCUUCUAUUGAUGUACCAAGUUAGGUCUCUUAGAAUCUAUUUUGGGUUUACCGGUGACUCACUCCUAGCAACUGAGUCUCUAAAUCUCCCUAGGCCAUCUUUCCAAAGGCAAUGUUAUCAUUGUGGGGCACUUUGAUCUCAACCAAUUAAACCUGUUAUUUCAUGGAUUCUUUGUAUUCUGCUUUAAAUACAGUGCACUUACUGGAAACCGCUAAAUAACAUAUUUUCAGAACUUACAGUACACUCUUUUGUGAAGUCACCUAGCCCGGCUGCAAGUUUGCUCUUACUGCAUAUUUUAAUGCUUUGUAUUGAAGGUACACCACACAGGCCUCAAUUUUAACCAAAGAGCCCCUUAUGGGUGUCUGAUGUGCCAGAUUUCAGUGACCUAGUGGGUCUAACGCCCAUUUUAAAAGGGAUUGUAUGUUUUCACCUAUGUAACAGAAGAACCAGAAUAGAAUGUAAAGUGCAUUUUUGCAGCCCUCUGUGACUUGCAGGGGUUGAUGGUAUUUAAUAUGCAGUGUGAAUAAUGGAAUAGACUGACAGCUGGUGUUCUGGACCAGAUGGCUUUAUAUUGCACUUAAUAAACAUUUUCCCUGUUA